CUGUCAUCUCUAUCAAAUAAUACUAAACAAUUUGUUUUCGAUUGUGUUGUGCGUUCAAAUCACAGAAUAAGAAUAUAUUUUUAUUAAUUAAUUAAUAUAAUCUAUGAAAUUUAUUACAUAAAAUAUGGAAAGUGAUGAAAACAAUACAAUAAUGAGAAUGCAACAGUUACGGUUAAGCCAGAACCAGAAGUUUUAUAUGAAGCACAUGAUGGUCUCAACUGUAGUUCAGAAAUCUUGGAUGAAGAAUACGAUUCAAGCCACAAUGUAAAUAAAAGCCAACGUCGUCGUAGCAGAAGAACCCGUACCAAAAACGUACGCUACAGAUCAGAAGAAGACAAUCCUCUUGCAGUAUCACCUGAAAGUAUACGACAUAAUGGACAAAUACCGACAAAGAUUAUAUAAUACAAGAGCCAUCAUCUUCUACCUCUAGAAGAGGAACAUGUUUUAAAAAUUUGAAUGAAAGUGAACGAAAUAAUACCAUGGAUACUAUUUUAAUGGAAAUUGGACUUUAUGAUGAAUUGCAUGAUUUUAUGACAGCCAGUGGUAUUACUGGGGAAGCAUUGAAAUAUAUGCAAAUACGUCAUAUUGAUGAAUUAUUUAAAGAUACCAAUCGCUUGGGGACAAAAAUCAUUUUUGAACACCGUUUAAAAGAAUGGCAAAAUAAAUAUGCAAAUUGUGAAGUGUCCACAACACAAACGAUGAGUGGUGGCGACAAAGUAAAUAAUCGGGUAGAGACAAAGUUGCCUCAGUUCCACUCCACCUUAAAUGGAAUGCUGCCUGAAACCGAAAUUAAUAAUUUAUCGACUCUUUUAACAAAUGCUGUACAACAACCAUAAACACAGAGUACUACAGGAUUUUAAAAAAUCUGGUCAAAAGCAAACCUAAUAAG